AUGAGAAGAUUUUCAUAUGAGCCUCUGCAAUCCAACCGAGCCAUUAGACUGGUCAAGUUCCUACCCGGUCCCAAUCCAACCUGCCAGAUAGUCACAGUCGAGGUAGAGAAAGCCCCGCCAUACGUGGCGCUGUCGUACACAUGGGGAUGCAAGAACCUAUCAAGAGUUAUCCUUGCGAAUGGUGCCGAGACUCAUAUUACUGAAAACUUAGCCGAGGCUAUUGAUGCCAUUUUCAUCUUCGCAAGAGAAAGAAACAUGAUGUUCUGGGCAGACUGGAUUUGUAUCAACCAGGCAGACGUUCAUGAGCGUAGCAGCCAAGUCCGGCUUAUGAAUACAAUAUACCGUUCAGCGGAGAUGGUUGCGAUUUGGCUUGGGCCAGCUGCACAAGAUAGCGAUCUUGCGUUCGAUAAAAUGAAGGAAUGGAAGGUGAGAUUUGAUGAACUAAAAGAACAAUUCGAUGCAUCUGUGGAGUUAGCAGUUACGAGUAUCUCUUCUGACGACCUUUUCUUCUUUGGUCCUUGCGGCUCGGAAGAACGGAGAGCGCUGGAAGCGUUGCGAAUGAUAUGUCGUCGGCCUUGGUGGAGAAGAGCAUGGAUAGUUCAAGAGGGGACCAUUGCCAACCCUGCGCGUACCAUCCUGUUUUGCGGGAGCCGUAGAAUUGACUGGACCUAUAUACGAGCAGCCCUUCAGAUCGCCCAUACGUAUUACCAAAGCUCCAGUAUGAGUAUUGAUUCCGACAUAGCCAUGGCUAGCCGGCUUGACACUUUCCGGAAAGACAGGGAACAGGGUGCACAGAUUUUGCUGUUACGCGUCUUGAACCUUAUCCGAGCAUACGAAUGUGAAGAUCCUCGCGACAAGCUAUACUCCGCCCUAGGAAUGGCCAUGGACGUUUACGGAGAGGAUAUAGUUCCGGAUUAUACAAAACCUUCCUCGGCGGUCUACAGCGACAUUGUCCGUUUUUAUAUCUCGAAGUCGACCGAUCAUUCUCUGGAUGUCCUCGGUGAGAUAUGGAGAUCAGCACCAGGUACAGUCUUUGAGCACCAACACGACAUGAUAUUACCGUCCUGGACACCGGAUUGGACGUUCCGAGCAUCCCUGUUUCCUUUUGAAAAGGUUUUGAACUUAGAUGAGUACGGAGAAAGUAAGAAUGCCUACAACGCUAGCGGGACGAGUAGUGGACACUGCUACAUUAACGGCUCGCAUUUAUGUCUUCAAGGAUCAGUACUUGACCGCAUAAUCGGAGUAUCGAGUAUAUGCGAGUGGACUUUAGCCGCUAGAGGCCUCGACACGGAGCGAUCAUGGAUACCGGAAAUUGCAGGCAAACUUUACUUCACCGGAGAGACGUUGAUGGAAGCAUUCAAUCACACUAUGGUAGCUGAUAUCGGACGAAAAGACUUUCGAAGCGAUUGUGUCUUAUCGAGGGGAUUUGCUGUAGAUUGGGACUUGGUUGGACAGGAUAGAAGAUAUUUGACUGCUGAAGAACUUCGGAGGCAGAGCUGGAUGCUUGUCGAUACAAAGAUGGCAACGUUUGGGAGAAGGCUGUUCGAAACUAGUCGAGGCUUUAUUGGACUGGGCCCGGCAGCCGCUCAGAUAGAUGACAAAAUCUGUCUUCUUCUGGGAGGACAGGUCUGCUAUGUAUUGAGAACUCGUAAGGAUGGCCAUCAUGAGUUUGUUGGCGAGUGUUAUGUGCACGGCAUGAUGGAUGGUCAGGCGUGUGAAGACGAAUCAUUCUCAAUCAGGGACAUAGUACUCGUGUGA